CCGAGAUACAAUUUUCAUUUGGAUAUCGAAACAAUAUUACCAUCCGUUCGCCAAAGUUCGCAAACGUUAUUAAAACAGUUGACUAUUUUUAAGCAUAGUUUUUAUUAUUUAAAAAUAAAUCCAAAUUUACAUACGCAUAUACCGGAAAAUUGCCGGUUCAUUCGUGUCGAACCCGCCGGCCACCGGUCCAUCGUACUUUUAUCCCGUACAGCCGAACGUCGUAUCGUACAGGCCGUAGUUCGCCGCGUAGGUUGCAGUUUUUCACCGGACGCCCGCCGCACUGUUUCUUCAAACACAAUCGACAUUUCGUCUAUUUAAAUGACAACGGCAUUUGGCCGACCGAGUCCGCCGACGUCAAUGUUUAUCGUCAUCGCCAGUGACGCUCGCGCAAGCAAACCCACUUUUGUCACUGCCACCAUUUCACCGGUGCAUCGGUUUUAACGACCGAAACGGAACGCCGUGAAUAAUCUGAAACCCGUCGUGCUGGUCAAACACCGGCCGUGCAUGUGUAUAGCUCACCGACUUUGUACAUUUUCACUAUCCCGUGAGUACCUAUUUUUCAUUUUGGUCCUCGCACUCUUGUAGUGCUUAUUCAUGCCAAACAUCGUCGAUUCUGUAGAUUAACACGGUGUGCUGUAAUGUACAAAAUUAUACCUUUACCCCAUUCCCCAGCCCUGUCGACAAUGAUAUCCAUUCGCAUAAAACAGUAAUUUGUUUUGGUCGCUAUCUGGAUAUAUAACAUGACAUAAUAUAAUAUUUACAAAACUUUGUGUACUCCUAAUUCAUACUUAAGAUCACUCUCAACAGAAUAUAAUAUUGUGCAAUGAACACUUUUUAUGUUCCAGGAUGACUAUUGUGACUCAUGGACAAGCCGUCGGACUAGAUUCGGCUGAUAAUCAGACUAAUGUUCAAGUGAGUAAUGUUUUUAUAUUGUACCCAAAUUCAUAUAUCAUGCAACUAUUUCUGGUUUUCUUCUAAUUAUAGAAUGCAUCUCAACAAAACACACAAAUUCAUAGUGUUCUGUCUAAUAUCAACAUCCUUCAGCCCCAGGCUGUUGAAUCUCUUCAAAUGACAGAACAAGCUACCAAUGAUAUCAUAACAGACAACAUUAUUAGGAAUGAUGUGGAAAAUGAAGAAGAAACCUUCAAAGAAGAAGAUGAAGACGAAGAACUUAUAUUCCCUGUUAACAAACUAGCUAAUCUAGAAGAAAAAAUCCAUAGCCAACGAUGGAUCGUACCAGUGUUACCUGACCAAGAACUAGUUUCACUUUUAAAUGUAUCAAUUGCAUUUUGCAAAAAAGGUUUGGAUAUCAACAAUGAAUCAUGCCAAAAGUUUUUCCGUGAUUCUUUGGUAUUAUCAUUUACGAGAAUAUUGACUGAUGAUGCCGUAAACAGCUGGAAAACAAAUAUUCAACAUUGUAUAAUGAGCAACUGUAUGAAAUUAGUAGAAUUGUUGGUCCUCAAACUUGAUGAUGAUAACUUUCCAUCUACAGAUAUACUUGGAAUGGUAUUCAAUCCUUUAAACAAGUGAGUUCUUACUAUUUUCUUUGAUCAAUAAAAAAUAACUCUGUUUUUUCAUGGGGUUGGUUAAAUAAUUCAGAAUUAACGUGAUAUACAUAUUAUAAUUGACCCCGUCAUAAUUGUUUACACUGUCAAUUGGUCCUGGGACAAUUUUUUUUUUUUUAUCAAUUAUAAUAUAUUGAUUUCAUUUUCGUAAUAAUAAACCAAUUUUGGUUGGUAAUAACUAAGGCUGCCAUUCGUUUCGAUUUGAAAAUUAUCAUUUUUUUUAAAAAAAGAGAGUGUCUUAGUUGGAAUCAUAUUUUUGUUUUAAUUUCAUAUCAAUUAACUAUAAUUAUAAUCUAUAUAUUCUAAGUUAAUUUCUUAUUAAAAAUGUAAAACCUUUAGUUAGUAACAAGGAAAGUUUUAAUUUUUCAUGUAUGGGAAAAAUUGAAUUUUGUAUUUAACUUUUAAAUUAAUCUCACUAUUAUGAUUAUUAUUUAUUACUUUUUUUAAAUAAUAAUUCAAACUAUAUUAUAUUAGGGUGAAGUGGGGUAAUUUUAUUUGAUAAUUCAAUAUUUAUAAAGAAAAUUAAAUAAUAUUCGUAUUACCAAUAUUUGUAUUCAUUGUUUUUGUUCUAAAAAUUAAUUAAUGGUUCUUUAAAAAAUAAGGUUUCACAUAAAAAAUAUAUUUUUUUAAUCUUUUAUUUAAUAUUUACAAUUGUGCCUUAAAAAAAUUAUGCAAACUUUUUUGGGGUUAUUUUAACAAAACUGAAUAUACUGAAUAUUAUGCAAUUGUAAUUGGGCAAUAUGAAAUAAAAUGAUUCUAAAUCAUUUUAAGAGUCAAGUGAAUUAUAUUUCUUUGUUACUAAAUCUAGAUACCUAGUUCUAUUUCACUUCUCCUGAUUUGCUAUUUGCAUGUAUAAUUAACUUACUUAUCUAUACUUUGGGCUAAGCUCAUAUUAAAUUAAAUAAAUUAAUAUUUACAAUUGCCUAUUUUCGUGUUUAAAACCAAUAUCAAAAUAAAAAUGUAAAAAAAAAAAAGCAUAACAUUUUUUAUAUGAUUUUUAUUUACAAUUACUACUUCACCCUAUUAUAUUUUUAAAAUUUAGUUUAUAUUUAAAAAAAUUAAAUGUUUUUUAUGGUAUUUGGACGUUUCCCCUGUGCCUUUACCCCCUCCACGAAUUUUACUGGUAUUAGAUGUCCCCCCGGCCUACGACAUUUCCUCCCUGAAUCAAUAAAUAUAUUUUUACUCAUAAUAAUAGCUUGGGUAAUAAAUUCUUUGGUUUUACUUAAAAUAUACUAUCAUCAUAUCAACAUCUAUCGACUAUCAUCGAACCAUGUUAUGGAUUUAUUACCCAAUUUAAUGGGUAAAGAUUGAUAAACCAACCUAAAAUUAUCUAAACUAUUAAUUAUACAUAGAUUUUUGAUUCGCGAUAUUGUGCCUGGCACGUGUAAUUGUUGUAGUAAUGAAAAUAAUGAAAACUAAAAGAAGCGGUAAAAUAAUUGUGUGUUUGAUAAUUUUAUAUGGAUGGAUUUUUCUGGGGGCUAAAAGGCACUGUGGGGAAACGUCCUAGAUUCGUUUUAUAUGUAUAAUUAUAUUCUUUUAUAUUAUUUGAUUAUCUUGUUAGUAAAACUUAAAUUAAUAAAUUAUACAUAUAAAGCCAGGGACCAAUAAAUUAUCCUGGAUUAAUUUUCUUUAAACACUAAUUACAUUUACCAAAUAUUAUUAUUUCAGAUUUCAUUUAUUUAAUUGUACAAAACAUACUGAUUUUAUACUACCAGAAAAUAUUUCAAAUGAUUAUGAUAUAUUUGCUAGAGCACCAGCAGAUUCUAGAACUCCCAGAGGCUGGCUUGUUGAUCUAUUAAAUAAGUAUGUGGAUUAUAUAAAGUUCAUAUUAUAGGAUGUGCAUUUUUGAUUUUAUUUCAUUUUUCAGAUUUGGAGUCUUAGGUGGUUUUAAAAAAUUAUCUGAGCAUUUUGAAUCCAAUAAACCUUUAACUGUAUCAAUUAUUUCUGGACUGAUAAAGCCAUUCGGUAAUUGUUCCGAACUUUUGGCUGAACCUACAAUACUCAAAUAUUUUAUGCCUAUUGUGGUAUGUACGCUUUCCAAAAUGUAUUUGGGUGUGAUUAUAAUAUUAUUAUGCAUUUAAAGGAAAAAAUACCUAGUAUAUUGGAUGUAUUAACGGAUGACGAAUUAAAAAAAGAAACAAAAACAGAAGGAAAGAAUGAUGCCAUUUCAUCAAUAGUUAAAGCUUGCAAACAACUUGCUAUGAAAGUACCAAAACAAGAUGAAUUAAUUAAACAAUUAGAAAUAUUUAGGCUUAAAAUGUUACUCAGGUAAUUUAUAUAUUACAUAAAAAUGUAUUUAUGAUUUUAAUUGUAUGUAUAAAUAUUUUGCAUUUUAUAGAUUAUUACAAAUAUCGUCUUUCAAUGGCAAAAUGAAUGCUUUAAAUGAAGUUAACAAAGUGAUAUCUAAUGUCUCAUAUACUCCACAUAGGCACAUAGAUCACGAUGAAGAAUAUUUAACUCCAGAAAAGAUGGCUGUAAGUCAUUCUUAAUAAUCAAAGACCGCAGUAAUGCAAAAUAAUGUUUAUUUUUUUCUAUGAACAAUUUUUCUACCAAAAAUCUUGGUCUGAUUUUCAAGUUUACUAACUAUCUUUUCCGAAAGUAAAUUUUAUCUAGGUGAUACUUUAGGGCGGUCAUUUUUUGAUUUUUCAAAGGGGUUUUUAUAAUAAUUGAGAAAAACCUGGAAAAUUUUACAAAAUUAAUAUUUUUCAAUUUUAUGUUUUUGUUGUGACUUAAUUAAAAAAUAUUAAUAAAGACUUGAAAUUUGAUAUUUGGAAUUUUUUUUGUGUUCAAAUUUCAUAUUUUUAUGAACAUAUAUUUUUUAACUAACAGGAAUCUUAUGUUUACUUUUUGUAGGUGUCAUCAAAAUUUCAAAAUUUUUAACUAUUUUUGAGUUAUUUAUAGACAUUUUAAUUUUGUAAGGUUUUUAUGUAAUUUUUAUUCAGUAGGUUCCAGAAAUUCGUGUAAAUUUAACAGAAAGUUCAUUAUAAACUGUACUUUAUGGUUAAAAAUUAAAAUAAAUGUAAUGUAAAAUCUUAGUAUUAAAUUUUGACAAUAAUAUUGAUAAUAUUUUUGAUUUUGCAAAUGACCUGACCUUUCAAAAUAUGUACAACUGAAUUCUACUCAGAAUGUUUUUUUUGUUAGCAUUGAUUAAUCAUUGCUAACAUAAAAAUUCUCUUUAUAUCCUAUCUUCCCAAUUUUUCACCUACAACAGUGGUUCACCCAUUGUGUGAAGUAUGUCUGUUUGUUUUUUCUUUGAUAAUCAGAAUACCAAAAUAAAAUAUAAUGAAAUAAUUUUUAUACUUUUAAUAUUUCAAUUCAUAGUCAAAACUCUUUACAGAAAUGGAUUAAAGAGAAUAAUGUACUAGAAAUAGUUCUUAGAGAUUCUCUCCAUCAGCCUCAGUAUGUAGAAAAACUAGAAAAAAUAAUACGUUUCGUAAUUAAAGAACAAGCCUUAUCAUUAAGUGAUUUGGAUGCGAUAUGGGCUGCUCAAGCUGGAAAACAUGAUGCUAUUGUGAAAAAUGUUCAUGACUUAUUAGCAAAACUUGCUUGGGAUUUCUCACCUGAACAACUAGACCACCUAUUUGAAUGUUUUCAUGUAAUAAAAUAAUAAUAAUAUUUUGCCUACUGAAUGAAUUAAAUAUAAAUAAUAACUAAUUUUAGGCUAAUUGGACCAAUGCAAAUAAAAAACAAAGAGAGAAAUUAUUGGAACUAAUAAGGCGACUAGCAGAAGAUGAUAAAGAUGGAGUUAUGGCUCAUAAAGUAAUAAUUAAACUAUAUAUGUAAUAUAUGUAUACAUAUUAUUAAUAACUAAAUUGUAUGUAGGUUUUAAUGUUAUUUUGGAACUUGGCUCACGGAGAAGAUGUAUCUACUGAGAUAAUAGAUCAAGCUUUAUCUGCUCAUGUAAAAAUUCUUGAUUAUAGCUGUGCUCAAGUAAUAUUUUUUUUCUUUCUUUAUAUAAUUUUAUAUUUAAUUAAGACUUAUGUUGUUCAUAUUCAAGGAUCGAGAUGCACAAAAAAAAGCUUGGCUGGAUAAAUGUGUAGAUGAACUUAAAAGUAAUAGUUCAUGGGUACUUCCAGUUUUAAAACAUAUACGAGACAUAUGUUUACUAUAUGAUAUGACACCAGUUGGAGCUCAUCAAUCUCAUCCUCACACUUAUCGGUAAAUAAUAAUUAAAAAUGUAUUUAAAUUUUUUAUUGCGCAAACAUAUUAUUAUUGUGUUUUACAUUAGACUAAUUCUUAUUUUUUAGAUAAAAAAAAAAAAAUGUUAAAUUAUUUUUAUCAAACACUCUCCUCCCCUUAUAAUUUUAUUUAUCGAAAUAAGAAAAUAAUUUUGUUUAUGAUAUCUCAACCCUUUGUGUCGCCAAAGGAUUGUAAAAUUACUAAAAAUGAUAGUUUUGAAUUUAAUUCAAAAACUAUAUUACCAUAAAAUGUACCAAACCUGAAAUAUAGAACAUACAAAUGUCAUGGCAAAGAAGAUUCUUAUAAAUUUAUAAUUUUCUGAGAAAAUGUUUUAAAUUUUUAGUUUUACUGGAAAUUAUAAAUUAAUUUACAAUAUUUCAAGUCCAGCAGAAAAUGUUUUAGAAGUCCACUACCAGAUAGCACAGUGGUGGAGUAAUCGCCCGGCAAGCUAGACUGGUUCGAUUUUUAAUUUUUAGUUCUAUUUUCUAGACAAGAAUGGCCAAUUAGUAAUAUAUUAUUUAAUUUAUUUAACAUUUUUAAAUUUUAAAAAAAUUUUGUUAAGACAUCCUUUUAUAGAUAAUUUUAUGUGUAAUAUUUAAGAUCUUGGAAAGGUUUUUUUUAAGUUAAUGUUACAGUUUUUAAAUUAAAUUUGAAAAAUGGUAAACCUAUCUUUAGUAAUUAUUCAUCACUUUUUAUUGCCAAAAAAACUGACACAAAACUGGGGUGGUUUUAAAUUAAAAUGAUUUCACUUUGUUUCUUUUUCUAAAGAAUAAGGACCACCCUUGUACUUAUUUACACAUAGUUCAAAUAAACUUAAUUGAAUAAAUAAUUUAUGCACCAUUUAUAUUAAAAAAAUAAAAAUAAAUAAAUAUAUUUACUUAUUAUUAAAUAAUACAUGUAUAUGAUGUGUACUUAUAUUUGUUUGAUAUUAAUGUAAUGUAUAUAUUUUUAAAUUAUGUACUCAGAUUAUUUAUAGUUAUCAGUGUUUAAUCAAUGUACAUAUUUACAGACAGGAAAUUAUAUCACGUCUCCAAACUCAACAUACUAUUGUGUCUUUAGUUACUGAUAAUUUAUCAAAGUAUAUGGAUGAAGUGAGAAAAGUUGCUGAAGGUAAAUAAUUUUUGUAUUUUAAAUCAAUAAUUUUUUGAUUUAUAAUCAAAUUUUUUUUAGAAAAUCAAAAUUUGGAUCCUGCUAAAUAUUUUCCUGAUAAACGUUAUUGUCAUUUACAACAAGUUCAAGAAAGACUAUAUUUCUUAAAAUUUUGUUUGAAGGUAUAUUCCAAGCAAUAAUUAAAAAAUAUAUAUGAAGAUUUCAAUACAUUUUUUUAUAGGAUGGAAAUCUUUGGCUGUGUGCUGAACAAGCGCAUCAAGUUUGGAUAUCAUUGGCUGAAAAAGCAGUAUUCUUAGCUGAUCGUGAAGCUUGUUUUCGAUGGUUUUCAAAAUUGAUGAGUGAUGAACCUGAUAUAGACCCUUCAAUUAAUACCAAAUUUUUUGUUAACAAUCUUUUGCAACUUGAUCCAACAUUGCUUACUGAGAAUGGAAUCAAGUAAUCAAUUUUCCUCGUAUUUAUUUUUAUAGUUGCACAAGUGUGUGCUUACUUUUUUAUUUGAAUUUAAGUUCAAGUGCAACUAUUUUUAAUUUUGUUUAUGUAAUAUGAUUAUUAAUUCAAAACUGAACUAUAUAAAUAUUUUUAGAUGCUUUGAACGAUUUUUCAAAGCAGUCAAUGUAAAAGAGGGAAAAUUAAUUAAAAAGAGGCAUUUUUAUCAAAUGGAAAAUAUUGAUUUAAUUGGUGUAGAUUAUUUAUGGAAAGUGGUUACUAAUUGUAAUGAAGAUAUUGCUGCACAUGCCAUUGAUUUGCUUAAAGAAGUCAACACAAAUCUUGCUCCUAAGCUGCAAGCAAAUCCUCUAGAAUUUCAUCAAACAUUUGUAGCCGAGUGUUUAGAAAGACUGCGUGCUCAUUUUGACACAGUUAGUAUUCUAUCAAAAGUAUCAAUGGAUAAGGAUGAUGUUAUUGAGAGAAAUAUUGAAGUCACUAAAAUGAUCAGGGUUAUGAAAGUUUUAUAUGAGUAUUUAGGGGAAUGUGAUGCCUCUUUCAAUGGUGAUCGUUCUUUAUUGCCCUUGCAUAGGUAUACUGUUUGCUUAUUAGUUAUUCAUAAUAAAUAAAAUACUAUUAAAGUGUAACAUUUAUAGAGCAUGUCGCGGUAAACAUAUAACUGUAAUUGUUCGUCUAACAAAUGCGAAUCGUUCAUUAGUAGAUGACCACGAGCUUAUCAUGCAUAGUAAUGAUAAUGUAUCAUGUGUCAGACGGCAGUUGUUAAAAAAAUUAAGAAAUAGUGGAACAAUUACAAGUAUUACUAGUACAUUAAAUAUAAAAUUGGAUAUAUUCUCUAGUAGUAAUGUUGAUCUUACCAGUUCAUUGGAUGAUAACAAACUUCUGGGAGAACUUCCUUACAGGGAAAAAUUGGUAAUAUUUCAAUGUUUCUAACGUUUUAAAAAACUAAAGAUAAUCUAUAAAUUUGCUUUAAACAAUUAAUUAUAGACACGUUUUAAGACUAAAAAUGUAUUUUCAGUUUCUUAAUGCUCGGCUAAUGACUGCUAACACAAAUCUAGCCAGUUCACCAGAUAGUAGUUCUGAUAGCUCUAUGACAAAUAACCAAUCUUUAUACGAUUUCAGUUCUAAUAAUAUAGAUGCUGAAAACUGUUUGCCUACUGUGGUAUGAAUUAAAAGUUAAAGUUUAAUUAUUCCGAAUGCUAACUCAAUAUAAAUCAAAUUUACAGAUAAUUUCUGAAAAUUCAAAAUAUGUUAAUUUUUUUCUACAAGUGUCAGACAAGGGUAUUGAAAUUGAAAAUGAAAAUCUCCGAGAAGCUGCCUGGUGCAUUUUAAAAUUAAUUCCUCCUGCAGAAUCGACUGUGAAAAAAAUUAAGGUACCUACUUUCAAUAUACAUAAUUAUUAUUGUAUAAUGUAUUAAGUUAUACAGACAUAAUUAAGACCUUAUAAUGCCAAUAUUUCUAUUAGUAGGUAAUAAUAUAUGUUUAUAUUUUUUUUUUUAUUGUUAUCACCUGUAAAGAUGGCCUAGAGUUAAAAAUUUGAAAUUAAAAAUCAUAAAAAAAACUUUAGGGCUAAAAAAACAGGGCGUUGGCUUUGUUUAUUUCAAUACAGGAUAAAACUACGAAGUACUUUGUUUAAUUUAAAUAUUUGAAAAAUUGUUAUUCUAAUUGAAGCUGAAAUUAAUACUGAGAAUUGGUGUGCCAAUUGGUAAAAUUAAUAGAUCUCUCACUACGCUAAGAGUUUGAAAUAACUGCUCUUAACAAUGUUUCAAAUACACGAAUACCGAAUACAAAAAUAAAAAAUUAUUAUUUCAAACAAUUAUUUGUUAUUUUAUAUUUGUGUUAAAAUAAACUUGUUUUGAGUUAUAUAAAGUUGUCCUUUUUAGAUAAACAUUUUUUAAUUAAUAUUAUUUGUAUGUAUGACUUUUAGACAUUUUUUUCAAACCAAUUGGGUUCUUAUGAAGGGACUUUCAAUUCUAAUAUGCCAAAUGAUACUAUAUACUUCACUAAAUCCCCAUCUCAAAAUGUAUACAACUUAGAAGUAAGUUCUAAAUAUCGAGUAAUACAAAUUCAGUUAAAAUAUUUAUAUCAAAUAUUACUAUUUUUAGGUACUAUAUUCUAUGUUAUUACCUGCCAUUGAUCCAAUGGCUGACAAAACUUUGGAAUUUCAGACUAAUUUUAUAACCAGUAGUCACGCUCCUGAAAUUAUUCAAAUGUUAGUUUCAAAUAAAUUUAUUUUAGCAAACGAUCAAAAUACUAAAAGGUAAUAAUAAUAAACAUUAAUGUUAAUAAAUUUGUAUGUUCCGGAUUAUAGAUAUGUAUUUAAUUUUUCCAGAUCCAUUUAUUUAGUUGUGCUCAAGAUUUGUAGACUUGUAUUAUGUGUUAUGGGACAAGUUAUAACACAGUUAUGUCAAUCUUCUGAAUUAGUAAUGGGAUCAUCAACUGACAAAGAACAUUGUUUAUAUAAAGGAGUAGAAUUACUUGAACAAUGUGAUGAAACAUUAGCUUUAAUGAAAGAAGCAUUUGGCUUAGUGCCUAACCCCAAUGUAGAGUAUAUGUUACGUAGUGUAACUUCUAAGCUAGCAAGAAGGUACAUUGAUAAAAUUGCAUUCAGUUGUGAAACACUAGAAACAUUAAAAUUGGCUAUGAAUAAGUCCUUAUCAAAAUUUAUGCCUACUAUGGACAUGAUCUGGACUACUAUACAGUUAGCAUGGGCAAUGGCUGGAUCUAAUCAGUAUGUGGUUGAUGAUCAGUUAAACAAUUCCGAACUGCAUAAUAAUUUAUACGGAAAAUCUACAGAAAUGGAAGACAUAAAUGGUAUGAAUCAAAAAAUUAAAUUUUUAUUUAAUUUUUUUUUUUUUUUAUAAAUGUUCAUUGUAUUUUCAGUUUGUAAGGAAGCGUUAGAAGUAUUAACACUUUGUCUAUUUUUGAAACCAAAUUAUUUAAAUCAAAUAAUGGAAAAAAAAGAUUGGCAAACAUUUCUGAUUGAUUUAAUUUUAUUGGCUAAUAAUAGGUAUGCUUAUAUAAUUUUUAAAUUUAAUUUGACUAAAAUAUACUAGUAAAAUACCUAUUUUUUAGGCAAGUUCGGUGUUCUGCUGCCGAACAAUUUUUAUUAGUAGUUAAGUUUAGUUGGAAUGCAAAACCACUAUUAUCCACAAUUUCUUUAAUGUUCUCUGUUCUUAAUGACACUGUACUCAAAUUCGCUCAAAACUCGUUUGAGUACUUUCACGUAAGUUGGUUGCUGUCAAAAAUAUAACUGAUUUUAUUAUUGUUAUUAUUAUUAUAGUUCAAUUUUUUUGGUUUUUUUUUUUUUUUUUUAAGGUUCUAACCUACUUACUGAAUUAUGCUAAUCACGAAAGAAUUCCAGUACCAGAUUUUGAAUUGUUAUUAGACAAUGAGAUUAAAUGGUUAAAACGUGUUAGGGAGAAAAUAAAAAACGACGGUGACACUGGAGUGGAAGAAGUAAUUCUUGAAGGUCAUUUAAACAUAACCAAAGAGCUAGUCCAAAUGAUUUCUAUUGAAAAGCGUAAUGAAAUUGGUUCUGAUGAAACUGUUGGUAUCAUGUUGAUUAAAGAAUUACUUGAAGACUUUAUUUUUCCGGCAUCCAAGUUAAUGGAAGACAUGACCAAACAACAAGCUAUUGAAUUUGUAGAUAUUGAUGUUACACCAGUUUGUAAAUUUCCAAAUUCUACAAAUGCUGCUUUUGAUCUAAUCGUAUCACUUUGCAUUGGUUCUGCUGCAAAUUUAAAAUUGACUAUUGAAACACUUACUCAGUACUUUUAUUCAGGUACUUCCAUCUCUAUUUAUAUUUUGUAGGAAAGAAUACACUUAACAAAUAUUAAUAUUUAAUUUAUAUAGAACGUGAAGAUCCUUUGGUUGAAUGGGACUUUUUACCAAUGAUGGGUGCAAGGACUGCCCGUGGUUUUGUUGGACUAAAAAAUGCUGGGGCAACUUGUUACAUGAAUUCUAUAUUACAACAACUAUACAUGGUACAUCCUGUGCGACUAGGUAUACUUUCUGCACAUGGUGCAGCAACUGACACAAAUGAUGAUUUUAAUGGUGAUGAUAAAAAUGAAAAUGAGGUAGUUAUUUAUAUUUAUUAUUAUUUGAUUAAAAAAUAAUAUAUCUAUAUAUAUCAGGCUUGGCAUAUAUAAAUUACAUGAAAUCCACCAGCUCAAACCGGUUUAGAUUUCCCUUUAAAAUAAACCAUCUAUUUUUAAGAAAUUUGUUGGACUAAACCGAUAAAAAGUUGAGACACACCAGUUUAGUUUAUUUUUACUGCUGUAGUGGUAAAAUACAGAUCCUGAUCCUUCCCUACUCCAAACCUGUCUUGUUUUCUGUUAUCACUUCGUCUGUUAUUAAUUUUUACAUAGAAUAAAAUCUUUUAACUUGACAAUUAUAAUGUUUUUAUCCAUUUUUAUUUUUAAAUAAAAAUAUUUAAAAAUGCAAAUGUAGCAGUGCUGUAUGAUAACUGACAAUAAGAAUUAUGGAGAGGUAAACCGUUUAGUGUUACAAAUUUCUAACUAAAUUGGUUUAUUUUUACACUGAACCACAGUUAUUAGUCGAAAUUAGUAAAGCAAACUGGUUUAUGCUAUUAAUUUCUUGUUGGAGUAAUAUGUUUUAUAAUAUAUGAAAGUUUUUAUUAUUUUUAUUAUGAACUGUAACUAUCUGGUAUUAUUUAUUUUAUUAAUUAUUGUUUUUAAGUUUGUAAAGUAAUUUCUAAUGUUUAUAGUUAAAUGAGUAUAUUUUUUAUUUAGUUGUUAUUAAUUAAUUAAGUUAACUUUUAUGAAUAAUUUAAAUUUUUAAAUAAUAAUAAAAAAUACAUUUGUUGUAUUUAUAUUUUAUUUUUGAUGCAUUGACCACAUUGUUUAGGUAUUUUCUAGCUAACCAAAAUGUAUGUAAACAGUAAACACUUUAGUAUUAAUACAGAAUAAAAAAUACCAGUGCAAUUGAGUAAAUUUUGGACAAAAAAGGUUAUAAACAAAAUUAAUGGAUAGUAGUUAAAAUUAAUACAGUGAAUAUUGAAUAAAAAAUAAAAUUCAUAUAUUUUAGUCAUUAUAUAGUUUUGAACAUGUACCAACCCUGAUUUAUAAAUAUAUUUAUAUUAUAAUAAUAUAUAGUAUAAAAUAUUCUAAAAAAUAAUUUUACAUUGAAUGCUAAAAAUCUAAUAUUUAUUUUAAUUAGACUCAAAUGGAUAUUCCCGAAGAUUGUAAUAAAUUUGAACAAUCCAGAAAAGAAUAUAAUGUUGGUAUAUUAAAACAAGUACAAGGUAUAUUUGGACAUUUAGCAUUUAGCAAAGUUCAAUAUUAUGUACCCAGAGGGUUAUGGAAACAUUUCAAGUAAUUAUAUAUUUUAUUGAAUAUUGUAUGCAAAAUAACUUCAAAAUAUAUUUUUCUCAUAGAUUACAAGGUGAACCAGUAAACCUUAGAGAACAACAAGAUGCAGUCGAGUUUUUCAUGAGUCUUGUAGAAAGUUUAGAUGAAGCUUUAAAAGCAUUAUCUCAAGACCAAAUCAUGAGUAAAACACUUGGAGGUUCAUAUUCAGACCAAAAAAUAUGUCAAGGUUGUCCACAUAGGUAUGAUUAAAAACUAAAAAAUGAUUGUUAUAAUUUUACUUUAGGUAUUGUGUUUAACAACUAGUGUAUUUAUUUUAUCUUUAGGUAUUCAAAAGAAGAACCUUUUAGUGUCAUUAGUGUGGAUAUAAGAAAUCACUCAAAUUUAACUGAUUCUCUAGAGCAAUAUGUGAAAGGAGAACUAUUAGAAGGAGCUGAUGCUUACCACUGUGAUAAAUGCAAUAAAAAGGUUAGAUUAAAUAAUAAAAAAAAAACCAAAUAAUAUCAUACAUUGAAUGUAUUAUUAUUUUACAUAGGUUGUUACUGUUAAAAGAUUAUGUGUUAAAAAGUUACCGCCUAUUUUAGCUAUUCAACUUAAAAGAUUUGAGUAUGAUUUUGAAAGAGUUUGUGCCAUAAAAUUCAAUGACUAUUUUGAGUUUCCUCGACACCUAGAUAUGGAACCAUAUACAGGUAUUUAAUUUAAAUAAUUUUAAAAAAUGCACAUAAAUCUAUAUGUUUAUUUUAUUAUAAUUUUCUUUCAUUUAUGUAGUUUCUGGGUUAGCUAAAAUUGAAGGUGAGAUAAUUGACUGUGAUUAUGAUGAGUCACAAGAUGAAAUUCAUACCAAAUACCAAUUAACUGGUAUAGUUGUCCACAGCGGUCAAGCUAGUGGGGGACAUUACUAUUCUUACAUUCAAGAUAGGUAAUGAUUUUAAUAUAAAUAAAAAUAUUAAAAAAUAAUCAAUACAAGUGUAAUAGUUAAACAUGUAUGUUUGCAGUUUUCCUGUUUAUUUAUAAUAUCACAAAAUUACACAUUUUAUUGUAUAGAUAUAAGAAUCUAAGACUUGCAGAUUAUUAAUUGUCAAUAAUUACAAUUUCAUGAAUUCUUAUUUACAGUUCUAAUAAAACGAAAAUCUAUUAAUACAAUUUUACUAUAUUGAUAUUAUCAGCCUUAAAAUAAAAUUUGUUAUCUGAAAUUUGAAACAAUCUCAAAACAAAAAUCUAAUAAAAUUGUUUUAAUUUAAUUUAAUAAUAAAUAUUAAAUUAUUUUUCAAAGAAGUUUAGAGGGUUCGCCUAAAUGGUACAAGUUUGAUGAUGGAGAUGUUACUGAAUGUAAAAUGGAUGAAGAUGAAGAAAUGAAAGUUCAGUGUUUUGGUGGGGAGUAUAUGGGCGAAGUAAAUUUUUGAUAUAUUUAUUUUUUAUAAUAAUUACAUAGGUAUUUAUUAAUUAUUACUAUUUGUAUUGUUUUAGGUUUUUGAUCAUGCAUUAAAACGAACUAGUUAUCGAAGACAAAAACGUUGGUGGAAUGCAUAUAUGCUAUUUUACACAAAAAUUGACCCUAGCAAAGAAUCUCUAGUCAAUGGAAUAAGAAAACUUAGUAUUAGUAAGUUCAAAAAUAACUAAAACUUAUUUUAUUGAUUCUUGAUAUCAUAAAAAUAAUAUUAUUUAAUAGAUAAAAAUUAAUUUUAUUUCGGUGUACCUAUUGUAGUAUUUAUGUAUUAAUUCACAUGUGUUAUUCAGGUGACCGCCGAGCAAGUAACAGUUGUAUUAAAAUGCCUCUGUGUAUAAAACGUAGUGUUCAACAACAAAAUAUUCGGUUUUUACACACUCGCAGUCAGUAUACUGAGGAAUAUUUUAAAUUCAUUCGUAACAUUGCCACUAUUAAUGCACCAAACAUGGUUCCUCCACCUACUGAUGAUUCACAACAAUUACAAAUUGUAAGGUUUAAAAUAAAAAUAAUUAAUUUCAAUUUAAAUAUAUUUACUAAAUUAUUAUUAUUAGCUUGCUGAUCAAGAAGAAUUGUCAUUGUUAACAAUACAAUUAGUAAGUAAGUUUUUAUUCUAUGUUGGUCUACAUACUAAGAAAUCAUUGCGGGGUAAUGCCAUGGACUGGUAUGAUUUAAUAGCACCACAUAUUAGUAACUUUGCAUCUGUGCGUGCUUGGUUUGCCCGAAACAUAUUGUUUAAUCACCCUCAAAGGUAAAUAAUGAAUUGUUACUUAUUGUUAGAGAUAUUUGAUUGUGUAUUUAUUAUUUUAGGUUUGUUGAAUAUUUAUUGCAAUGUAUGAGUGCUGAAGUACGGUCGUUUUUCAUUAAACUUGUUGCAUAUUUGGCUCAUUAUUCUCUUCAAGAUGAUUCUAUUUUAAUACCAGCUGUCACAUCUAGUAAUAUAAAUUUAUAUUAAAUAGUUUUACAUUUUAUAUGCUUUUUUAUUCUUAAUUUGUAGAUUCCUUGUUAGACACUACUGCAUCAUUAAGUGAUCAUUUGAUUAUUGCCGUGUUAAGUCUGUUACAAAAAGAAGUGGGAGAACACACAAAUAGACAUUUGCCACAUUAUUUCUCAUUUUUCCUUAUAUACAGUAAUUUAGGAAUGCCAGAAAAACAACAACUUAUAAGGGUAUGUAAUAAAAAUAAACAGUUUCAUGAUAAAUUAGUAAUUCUAAAUUGUUUUGUAUACUAUUAAUUUGUGUUACAGUUAAAUGUAGCAGCAAUAUUUAUCUUAGUAGCAAUAGAUGAAGGCCCAGGUGGAUCUAAUAUAAAAUAUCAAUUUAAUGAAAUCAAUAAAUUACAUUCAGUGAUAUCAAUACUAGUCCGCUGUUGUGACUGUACAGAGAAGUGUGUGUCAUUUUCUCCUGUAAGUAUAAAUGUAUAUAAUUAUAUGUUCAACUAGCUGUCCUACAUAGCUUCGCUGGAGCUCAGUGUUGAAAAAAAAAAAAAAUAAAAACAUGACGCGACAUUUCUACCCCCAUCACUAUUAAAAUUACCUGUUGCUGCCUAGUAAUUUAUUAUUUUUUUCAAUAGUACUUCAUAUCUCAUGAUAGUCAAAUUUAAUAAUAAUUAUUGAUUUAAUGUUACUGAGCAAUUUAAUAAUGAUUAGUUUCAUAACAGGGUAUAUUAUAAUAAUCAUAAUUUUAACCACAAUUCAAUUAACCCUAUUAAUUAAGGUUAAUUUCUGUAUCUGAGGUAUGAUAUUUUGAUAAACAGUGAUUUCAUUAAUCCAUUUUGAAUAAAUAUAUAAGUUUAAAAUAAAAUACUUUAUAUUAUAUAAUGUUUCAAUAUGGAUAUAAACAAGUAAGAAAACUCAAACCUGUUUUGAUAGUUUAUAAUAGUGCACAAUUGACUAAUAAUUUCUGUUUUUAAUCUUUGAGAAGACCUUCAAUUCGAACCACAAUAAAUAGGACAUGAUUUUUGGUUAUCUGUACUGCAUAAAGAAUCCCUUAUCGUCCAGUUUAUUGAAACCAUAAGACUUUCCCUAUAUUCAUCUAGGACUAAUAACAAAGUCUUCUUUGUCUUCAAAUAUUCACAUUAUUGCACAAAAAAAUUUUUUUUUUUUUUUCAAUAAAUUGUUGAAAAUAUUUAUGACGUGAAUGAAAUCUAAUGAAGAAAAAUGUUAGGUAUUUUAUAUUGAUAACAACUGAACUGAUUAGUAUUUAAAUAUGAUCAAAUCUCAACAGAGUAUGGAGAAAUUCAACAAGUGAUUAAACUAAUUUUUAAUUACAGUUAAUAUUGGCUAGUGAAAUUGAGCCUAAAUGAUAGAUCAAACAAUUUUUUAUAUAACUUAUACAUUAAUAAUUUCAUUCAAUAGUUCACAUUUAUAUUGUAUAUUAAAAUUUAAAAAAAAUACUUUACAGGGAAUGCCUUUCCUACCAAAUCCAUAUGCGGAAUGUCAACCAUACUUAAGAAAAGUUCCUCAACAAGUUAAAGAUUGUAUUUUUGGUCGAAUAUGGUAUAUAUAUUCAUUUAUAUUAUUAUUUAGAAAUCAAUUAUAAUAAUUUGUAUGUAUCUAAUAUAUAUUUUUAGUUAUUUAAAAAAACUUAUUGACAAUUCACAAAUGAAUGAAGACAGCAUGAAAAUGCUUCAAUUUGUGUGUUGGGAAAAUCCACAAAGUAGUAGUAUGGUUUUAACUGAAAUUUUAUGGCAUAUUAUGUACACUUACUGCCAAGAACUCAAAUUUUAUUUGGAUUUACUCUUUGUUAUACUAAGUAUUGACGAUUCAUGGCAAGUGUUACGCAUUCAAAAUGCUAUGACUGGAAAUGGUAGGAUCUGUGAAAUAUAUUUAAUUCUUAAUAUGAUUUAAUAUUUGAUUUAUUUCAGAAGAAAGAGAAGGUGUAUUAGACACAAUUUUGCGUCAUAAAAAUCAGUAUCAAAGACGAUCUUAUCAAUGUAUCAAAGGUUUAGUUGGUUUAUUCAUGAGAAUAACAACAGCACAUAAAGUUGUCCUAUCACAUAAUGAUCUCAAAAGAAAAUGGAUGGAAGCAGUUGAUUGGCUACAGGAAGAACUUAAUAGAGUAUUUAAACUAUUAUUUGAUUUUAUUAAUUUUCUUCUAAAUUAAUUUUUUCUCUCCAGAAAACAUUAACUGGAGGCCAGUACAACACUUAUAAUAGUUGGACACCUCAGUCUAACGAGAAUACUAACAGCUUCUUUUUAGAAAGAUCAUCUAGUGCUCGUAAAAUAUUACAAAAAGCAUACGAAUUUUGCCCAACUGAGGUAUAAAUAUUACAUUUUAACAAUUAUUUUUCUAAUUCUAUUUCAACUAAAUUUAUUAUUCAUACAUAAAGGAUUUUUUGGUCCCUACAUUGACAACACAGGAAGCAGAGGAUUCUUCUGACGAAGGUGACGAAGUGGAAAUGCCCCAUGCUAGUGAUACAUUGACAACUCUGGUAACUGAACCUUUACAAGUAGUACCUGACAUUGUACCUGAGUAAGUUAUUAAUUAUUAUGAAUUUAAAUGAAAAAUAAAUAACAAUAAAAUAAUGUAGGAAUGAUGAUGAUUAUGAUGCUUCUGUUAUUGAAUUCAACAAUGUUGAUGAUUUUGAUAAUGGUGAUGGUAUUAAUGUCGAAUUGGUUAAUACGCGGAUUGUCGGAUCGUCAACAGAUAUGCAUUAAUACAAAAGUUUAUUGGAAUAUUGAACAAUUUUAAACUGGAGAUACCAUAAUUACCUAAUGGAAUAAAGUUAUUUUUAUUUGAAUAUUAUCAACAAUAAAUCUUAUUAAAAUUUAGUAUAUUAAACUUUAACCCCUUUACAAUUAUUAUAUAAUAAUCAAUUAGCAUAACAGACCAAUCAAUAAUUAUUUUGGUAUACAAUAAUUUAGUGAUUUAUAAUGUUUGAUUUAGGUUCUUAAUAUAUGCUGACCUAAAGUUAAAUUUAAAAUCCUCCCAUUCAGUAAUUUUUUAAUAAUAAUAAUAAUAAGUUAAUUUAUUCAAAAUGUGUGUAAAAAAAGAAAAUUCACAACAUAAAUUUGUUACUGGCAGAUUUUAUACUUCAUAAUAUUAAAAAUAUAUAUAUAUUUGUUUUAUGCUGUAAAAAAAAAAAUGUUUCAUGUUCAAAUUGAAACCCUGCACAUAACAAGUUUUUAUAUAUACAUGUAUAAUAUGUACUUCUGCGUGAGCAAAAAUCCUACACUCUUUACCCUGUCUUUUAUUUAAUUUUUUGUUGUAUAAUGUACAUUUAUUUGCUUUUUUACAUUAUUAUUAUUACUAUUAUUAUUAUUAUUAUUAUUAUUAUUAUUAUCAUUAAUAUGAUUAUUAUUAUUACUAUUAUGAUUACUAUUAUUAUUUUAUUAUAUUUAUUAAAAGUUGUCUAUAUAAUAUUUAGCUCUCAAGAUAUCAAUAUCAAAUUUAUAUUUUAAUAUAUCGGUGUCAAUAAAUACCAAUAAUGUUAUGGUAAAUUUCAAUAUUUUUUAAAUUUUAAUGACGCAUUUUGCUAAGUGUAAACAAAUUUUAACUUCAAAAAAAAAAAAAAAAAGUGAUAAUCGUUUUAUAAAGGUUUUUGUGUAUUCACACUACUUAUUAUAUAUUAUAAUUUAAAAACAAAAAUAUAAUACAUAAUAAUGAGUGUAUAAAUUAACUCACAAACAUAUUAUAGAAGCUCGAUAAAUUAUUAGAUAAUAUCAUGCUUUUGCUGAAUUUUUUGAAGGAUAAUUGAAGUCUAAUUAUUUGUGUUCCACUAUCAUAAUAUUUCAAUAAAAAUUGAAUAUUGUAUUUAUUUUUUUUUUUAUUAUUAUUAUUAUUUUGUGAUAAAUUUCAAAACCAAAAGUAUGGUAAGGCUGGAGUAUUAGUGUUUGUACAUUGUUAAUUACUGUUAUGGAAAGAAAAAGUGUAUAAAAAAAAAAUAUUUAUAUAUAAAAAACAGAAGUGUAUUGCAUUUAAUGUAAUAAAAUAUGAUAUUUUAAAAAAGUAUAUGUAUCUUUUGAAAGAUUGUUCGUUUAUUAUUAACUUUGUUCUGUCAAUGGAUG